AAUAUGUAGAGGUGUUAAUACUAGUGUUGUUAUUCGCCUUCUAUUUUUCAAAUCCGUUUCAAUCUAGAUCUACUGGUCAGAUCCAUCCCAACCCGACCCAAAUAAACACCAAGAACAGGUUCCCGCCAAUAACAAUACACGCCAAUCACAUUCCAACACAUGGACUCAAAACCCUAGACAUUCUCCACACAGUUCAUUUCCACCUCGCAGGAGCACACAAUCGGCUGAAAAUGGUGAGCAAAACGAUACGAAGAGACAAAAAGGGCGGGAUUGAGCAGGACAAAGAAGGUGGAGUGGCAGAGUAUGAGCAGUCUCGAGAAGAAAGAAUAAAGCAGAACCUUCAACGGAUGCAAACACUCGGCAUUCUUGAGCUUUCUCGUAAACUCAAACCUCCCCCCAAACCCAAAACCGAUCGUCCUCCCAAACCCAAACCCUUGUCUGGUUCUCCCAGACGAUCUUCUAGGAUAAAGGUCUUGCCCACUGUUAGCUAUGUAGAGAAGCGCGAUCCAAAAGAAAAGGUUGUCAAGAAUGUCGUAAUUGUAAUAAAGGAAGGCUCAAAACCCGAGGUUUAUACUGAAGAGCAUGAAAAGCUGUUGGGUGACCACAAAGAAACCUGGAAGCUUGCGGUGGAUGGGUAUGAUGAUGAGGGGAAUCGCAUUUAUGACGCGUUUGAAGGAAAGAGCUGCCAUCAAUGCAGGCAGAAAACGGUAGGUCAACGUACGAAAUGCCGCAAGUGUACAAGUGUUCAAGGGCAGUUCUGUGGUGAUUGCUUGUUCAUGAGAUAUGGAGAGAAUGUUCUAGAAGCAAAUGCAAACCCAGAUUGGGUUUGUCCCGUAUGUAGAGAUAUAUGUAACUGCAGUCGUUGUCGCAGAGUCAAAGGGUGGGAACCCACUGGAAAUCUUUACAGGAAGGCAUUACACCUUGGGUACAAGUCAGUGGCUCAUUAUCUCAUUCACACCCGUGGGCCUAAUGGGAAGCAAGAAGACAUAGAUAACGAAGGCGAGCAGUUGGAUGAAAAAGAUGAUAACAUGGAUGAAGAUGCCAAACAUACCAAACACCCUGAGUCUGAUCAGCACCUUAAAGGUGGCGAUGUUGAUGAUGAUUCAGAUUACGAGGCUGAUCCUCAUGGUGGUGAUGAUGAUGAAGGCGAUGAUGACGCCGAUGAUGAUGAUGAAGAAUUGUCUAGUGAAGAUGAUUAGAUGCAUUGCAGUGGUUGAUAGCUGUGUUUGGAUUUUGGAAUCAAUCUUUUUUGGGUACCUGAAGUGGUCACAAUCAGUCUUGUUUUGUUACUAUGAUAGUGCUAUUUUUGAGUUUCAAUACUGAAAACUUUGGUAAGUAUAUUGUUUUCAGAAGGUAGCGUUAAGUUGUUACAAUAGUAAAAUCGACGUUAGGUGUACCAUCUGUUUGAUGGAUGUGCUUAUUAAUGGAUAAGGGUUUGCAGGUA